AUGUUUGCAGGUGCAGUAUGCAGACGUCCAGUUGACAUAGCCUUUGCAAUUGAUGCCUCGGGUAGUGUGGGAUCAUGGGGAUAUGAUCAAGAGAAGAAAUUUGUACAAAAUACCGUGGGAAUAUUUGGAGUAUCUCGCUCUGGAACGCAUGCUGCAGUAAUAGUGUACAGCACGAGGGCUGAGGUUACAAUAUCAUUUCCUCAACAUAACCACUUCUGGAGUUUCUCCAGAGCAGUUUCUAAACUUCCUUAUCCCGGUGGGUAUACCAGAAUUGACCUGGCACUGAAAAAGGCCGCAGAGGAGGUGUUUUCUAUUGACGGUGGAACACGGAGCAGUGUACCUAAGAUACUGAUUGUAAUGACGGACGGUUAUCAGACACGCACCACAGAUUCGAUCCCUCUUGACAAAGCAGUUCUACCCUUGAGAGCCAAAGGAGUUCAGGUUUAUGCUCUGGCCAUCGGGCAGUACGUGAGGGAUUACGAGUUGAGGUUGCUUGUUGAAAAACCAGCACACAUCUUCCGAUCCAGCAAGUUUAGCAGUCUCAGCAGUGUUAUAUCGAAAUUGGCAACAACAACUUGUACCAAUGGUGAGUGUGUGAUGAAGUUUUUCAAAAAAGAAAAAACAAUAGAUCUGAAAUUCAUUGUUAAUUAAUAACAUUUUUCUCAAAGUCUCAUGCCUCUGGAAACGAGGUCGGUAUAGGUAAGAUGCCUUUCAGUAACUAGUCGCUGGUUAGCACUUCCACCCUCCAAAGCUCAGAGAAAGGAAAUACAUUUUUCCUCACACUAUGCCUUACCUACAAUCAGUGUCAAAAUUAGGGGACACAUCAUGCUUGAAGAGUUUUAUUUAUCUGUGGAAAAACACUCCUGUUUGUACCACACCCUAAAUCAUUGUCAAGACCCCCCUCCCCCAUUCAGUGUUGCCUGUAUGUAGCUAAACGUUCAUGGAAUCACGAUACGACAUCGUUUUGGGAAGAAGAGGAAGAGUAAGUUAACUCAACGAGGGGAAUUGGAAAGGUCAAUGUGUCAGCAAUUUUGACGCCUAUAGUAGAGUAAAGGCAAGGUGUAUACUCGUGCCAAGUCGCGCAUCCAGCCGGAGUCUAUGCCAGUUUCCUUGGCAUAAAGCUACCAGGAGUAAUACUUCUCUCUCCUGGAUGGGAUGCCAUUCCAUCGCAAGAUUACCCCCAGCAUUUCAUCAAGUUUCCCUGACAAUUCGCCGCUACCCAUUUAUACUCCAGUCGCAUCCAGCCGGAGUCUAUGCCAGUUUCCAUGGCAUAAAGCUUCCAGUAGUAAUGUUACUCCCUCCUGGAUGGGAUGCCAUUCCGUUGCAAGAUUAUCUCCAGCAUUUUAUCAGGCUUCCCUGACAAUUCGCCGCUACUAAUUUAUACUCCUGGGCGAAGAAAGGCACAGUGAGAGUAAAGCGUCCUAUCCAGGAGUUCCACUUAAUUUCUCGAACCAUAACCCUCCGCCGGCCAAUCGCCAGGAUUCCCAUUAUUGCUCGUGCUCUAGUCUCAAUCGAUAGUGUGAUCGUGAUCUCAAGACAGUAUCUAAAAAAGUUCAAAUUCAGCAUGCCUCUUAUUGAACACUGACUGAUGUAUUUUCUGCAGCCCUACCUGCGGCGUUCUAAAAAAGUUCAAAUUCAGCAUGCCUUUUAUUGAACACUGACUGAUGUAUUUUUUGCAGCCCUACCUACGGCGUUCGGAAUUUAUCCACUUAACCAGCAAACCCGUGGAAAGGACAUAAGCGCACGUAAGGCUCCUAAAGGUUACUUAAGUUCAGUAAACAUCGUCUCUGGACCCUACGGGAGAGCUGGUGGAGCAUUUUACCUCAAGGGAACAUCCGGCAGCUACAUUGACUUCCCAAACAGCGCUCGUGGCAAAUUGGACGCGUACAGUUCUAUCUCAAUAUUUUUGUGGGUUUUCCCUGAAGGCACAUCUGGUCCUAUCAUCAACUACCGAAGAGGAGGAUAUGGCGUCGGCCUUUGGAUGACACGCUCCAAACUACUCGUGGGUCUUAUUUACAGCCGCCGCAACUUUUACAGAAGAAAAAUUUAUUUUUAUAAUUUUUAUCCAAAGAGGUGGUAUUAUGUUGGACUUACGUACGAUUACAACCACGGAAUUGCAAGUUUGUGGGUCAAUGGCAAAAUGGUGAGAUGAGUUAUAUUUAAGAAAGCUGAGAUGAUCACUAAGCCAUAAUGGGAGGUUUAACAAUAACUUGGGCAUUCAAAGUCAACACUUCACCUAGAAUAAGUAAUACAGCACAUGGUUUGAAUCCGUAGGUAACAUGUGAUAAUGUGGUGUGCACUUCCGGGUAAGUGUAGACCUGAGGAGGAUUGUUGUCAGUAAUGACUGACGUUUCGACAUCCUGAGCUGAGGUCAUCAUCAGAGUCAAGUAAAUAGUUGUUGUCAUUCGAAUGUACUGGGUCUGUUUCGUGUAAAUUUAUUGGUUAGAUUACCCGUAAAGCUAUUGGCUGUAAGACUUACGUGGCGUAAGGCGGUUGUGAUCGGUAAGUUUCGAUCCAUCUGUAAAGUUUGGUCGUUCUGGUCAUGUGUGAUUUUAAUGUUAAUAUAUUAGUUGAUAUGUAGGUUACAAAGACCAGCUACGGCCCUAAAGCGAGUUGAUGUCCGUUUGUUGUUAAAAAGAUUUCUUUGUUAUUUUUCUUUUAGGCUUCUCACUUAAGGAUUGGACGUAUACACUUAGCUACUCAAUAUCCCAUUCGUAUGGGUGCCAUGAGCGACCCAAAGCAGUACUUUAGAGGCAGGGUCACUUGUCUGCAGAUUUAUGGAAUUGCACUGACUGCCAACCAGAUACAAUCUGUAAAGACGAAAUGUGCCGCCGGCGACAGUAAGUGAUUUCAUGUAAUUCAGAAACAUUUGGCUAGUAAUUUGCCUUUUUUGACUUCAACUAUGCUUAAUAACUCAAUAUUUCAGAGAAAGAUCCUUGUCUUGCCAGUCCUUGCAAAAAUGGAGGGAGCUGCAUCGUGGACACGAAAGAUAAAACCGGCUAUCGAUGUCGCUGCAAACCAGGGUACCGUGGACAUCGAUGUGACGGUAACAAUUAUUCGCUUGAAUGUCUUUAUUUUAAUUUAAUUCAAUUUGAUUUAGAACCAAGCUCAGGGGAAACGAUGGCGUUUUCUUUUCACAUAAUCCCAAAUAAAAUUGAUCAUUGUCCAUUUGAAACGUCAACACGAACAUUUCCCUGAAUGGAAAGAGAGAGAAAAAAAUUUAUUUGAGUUCAGAGGACCACCAACAGGUAAUUUUAACUGUUGAAUUAUCAACUGGUGAAAUUAUUUAGUUGCUUCCAUGUGUUAUCGACCGCAAACAGUUAAAGUGAUACAUAGAGAAGUCGCAUCAAGCGAUAACUGCGAGAUGUUAGAUUCACCUUUUUGAAGGUGGACCCAAGAAUAUCAAGCAGAACUUUACCGUUCACAUCCUAAUCAUCAUUAUCGCCGUUAUUAUCAUCAUCGUAUCAUGUCUGCAGUUUCACGGUUCGUUUCGAUCAUCCUCCACUCUGGUCUUUGACUCUUUUAUAUUCACUGCUUACAGAAAAACCAACACAAUCAACUGGAAAGCCAACAGCAAGACCAACAGGAAAGCGAACAACAGCAGCAAAAGGUAAUCACAAAAAUGUGGAUAGCGAUAGCAACAUAAAAUUCUAAGUGGUGAAGGUGACGCUUCGUACACUUAUACUUAUACUAAUACUCGCAAGUAUGUUGUUAGCAACGAGCCUGAGAUCCCUUUUCUAGAGACUGGUCCCUAUAAAGUCAUACUUCGAUAGCUUAAUAAAAGGAAUGAAAGUCUAGGUCUUGGCUUAAAGGUCAUUCUCUUCUGUUUUGGGUUCGGAUAUUUUUUAUGGUAUAAACUUCAAAACGAAAAUUAUUUCGACCCCGAAUGUUAGCACAGCAUACCAUAAAAAUAAAGCAUUCCGUGUCAGGCAAAGAAGCCCUUGUCAUUUGUGCAUGUUUCUAAAUGAUAGGGGCUGAUGCAAAGAGGUACUUUCCUUUGCUUAAUUGUAUCCCUUCUCUAACAUCACUAAGGAUCACCGGGCCGAAGAAUUCCAACAACACCAGGACAGACCACCAAGCCGGCCAGCACUGGAGGAGUAACCACCCCUGGAGCUAUCACAAAUAUAAGUAAGUUUCCGGAACCAUAGCAAGAUUUUUCAAAACUGUUCAAGACCGUCAUAAUCUGUGCUUAACGCUUAUUGACUGAAAUGUAUUAAUAAUGUCGAAGUAAAAUAUGUUAUUGGUAUGGUAUUUCAAAGUAAGAAAUUCGCGCACCGUAAAUCUGAGGUCAGAAAAUAUGGUGAAAUUGCUCUGCUCCUUGAUCGCAGCGAGUUAUCUGAAAAUAGAGUCCGUCAUCUUUCUCACGUGAGUAGAACCUCACGACAUUUUACUCUCACGAAUCGUGGGUUACACAUUUUGAAAAUCGUCAUGAUCCAAACUUGCUCUUACAGAUGGUUUCCGUAUAGAGGUGGUGGAGUUUAUCAAUCGAUUGAGACGCCUGCAUGGUGCAGGUCCUCUUAUUAUUUCCACUCGUAUUUCUACGGCAGCCCAAAACUGGGCUCAAGUCUUGGUCUCCAAAGGCACAGCCUCCAUAGAUCCGAACACGAAUUACGGCUCGAAUGUGUUCACCAAGGUUGGUUCUCAAACUGGUUUGGCCCAGUUGGCUGUGGUGACAUGGUACACAUCAGUGAAGUAUUAUGACUGGGCCAGGCGCCAGCCAAAAAUUAUGGCACUGCCUUUUAUUCAUCUCGUAUGGCUCUCAAGUAACUUUGUUGGUGUCGGAUUGGCCAGGUCGCCAUCUGCAAAGUUUUACAUUGUUGUGUACUUUGACCCAAUGCCUGGAAAUAAACAGCCGUUGCUUAAAGAAAACGUUCUACCAUAUACAGGUAUGCGACACAGAAAGAAAUAAUACUCACUAAACUGUCUAAACUAUAGCGCAAGGUGAUGAUACAGGUUCUUAGUCCGGCGUUAAAUACUUCAAAAGCAAUUUUUUUCCGAAAUUCAGAAAGGGAAAUGUAGUAAAGAAUGACUGUAAAUUGCUGCGAAUAGGAAUAUUCGUUACUGCUUAGGUUGUACCACGCACUUUUUUCACCAAUUCAAAGAUUAGCAAGUUAGAAUAAGAGGCAGAAAACGGAGAUGUUGGAUAAACUAAAUGUUAACUUGGUAUUUCAAAUCUUUAUUCCUAGAUGUAUACAUCCUAUUGCAGAGUGGUAAGUAAAUUAUUGUCUCCUUUUCGUUUGUGAUGCUCCCGCUCAAAAAUUUGAUUUAAGUUUUAUUUUCUCAGUAAAUAAAAGAUCCUACAAGGCUCAUGGCUCGGGGAUUAAAAUCGGGAAGCUUUUUUUGUGUGUUUAUAGCCAAAAUGCAGGUUACAGGGGCUAUUCAUUUCGUUGAUCAGUACCAAAGAAGUAAUUAUUCUACCACCCAUUGCUCACUGCAGUAAAAUUAUCAAGGUGUUUCUGUGCAAUACUACGUAUUGUAACUCUGUCAAUCUCAUUCAAUAGCACUGUGUACCAAGGGAUAUACGCUUCACAAAGGAACUUGUUACAGAUAUCAUACGGAUAAACAAACUUGGGAGGGAGCAUUGUUUCAGAGCGCCAAAGAUAACGCUACCUUGGUAUCCUUCCACCAGACAUAUGAGGUUGGCUUUGUCCAAAGGCUUAUUACACCAGGAAUAACAGGUUUAGUGUGGACAGGCUUGAAUGAUCGGAUCACGGAGGGGACGUAUACGUGGUCGGACGGUACCAGUGUUGAUCACACUUCUUGGAAAGCAAACGAACCAACGGGUUUAAAGGAAGACUGUGUUGGUAUAGAAGGGACUAGCUAUGGCACCCUUAUGUCUGAUGCUCCAUGUACUGAGCCACAUAGUUACGUGUCUAGAAAGCCACUUGAAGGUGAGGAAUUGCCUCUUUAUCUUCCUUUUCAGAGACUUUUUGAGAGAAUACCGAUGGAUUAUAUAUCACGCCACUGCACGUUUGACCCAGAAGGCUCUAGCUAGAGCAGCACUAAAGAUCCUUAAAACAUCACAGAGUCGCAGUCCACAACUCAGGUUUACUGAACAUUACCUUCCUAGUGUAACAAAAUGUGCGUACAACCCAAAACCAGGACACAUUUGAGAUCUGUAGAAGGAACUAACUUUUAAACUGAAGUACAGAUUUAAGACUGGUUCCUCACCUGCACAUUCUAAAACACUACUUUUAGGACUAAUUACAUAUCGAAUGAAGAUACAACUUACUUCUUUACUGUGGACGGAUGAUUACGGCCAAGCGACGUCUUUCCCGUAUUUGGACCUCAAGCAAAAGAUAGAAACAAUGGUAGGUUUUUGAGCUGUAAGUUAAUCAAUGUGUUAUGGGUCAGUUGAAAACAUAAAGAAAAAUAGCCAAGUACAGCCGUUUCCAUGUUAUUGCGUACCAUAAAUUUGAGGAUUUAACCACGAGGCACCCACACUGUGAUUUUUACAAAGGCUACAGCUCUUCCCACGUCUCAAUACACUUCCAAAUAGUAUCUAAGAUAUCAAACAGUUUUCGCAUGUAGUAUCGCAUCUAUAAACCACCUUAGAGUGGUCGUUUACACAAAUAACAAACUGAAGAUGACCUCAUCAGUUGAUAAUUGCCCUAUUAAUGCUUUUUUGCUAUUAUUGAUUUCCUUCCCUAAUUUUAGCUGCUGGAAAUCUUUAAGAUUGAUCCGACCUUCGUGUCAGGAUAUGUCGAAGAUUUCAGGUAAAUGCAGGUAUACUUUGCUGAGAAGACUUUAAUCAGUGAUCAGUUAAUUUCCUCUUUAACAAAACUUUUGGUGAUGAAAUGUUCGUAUCUUUUUUCCAUCUGAUCAUUAGCUUUUUCCCACAGCAAAACCCCUAAGCUAAUCUCUCAACCCACUGCUAAGCCAACAAAGCCUGGUAUUGCGACUCCUGCCAAGUCAUCAGGGACAUCUCCAGUCUCUGGAGCCACCAGACCAACACUGGUUUCCACAGGAACCACACAGGCCACUCCAGCGUCAAAACCUACUUCAGGUGGAGCAAUUUCCAAGUAAGGGGUCGACAUUAAAAUUGUAAUGAUUUGUGGUUUAUCGUCUCUCGCGGAAACAGGCCUUACUUAACAAACGAGGGGGCUACAAUAUCUUAUGACCACAAAAAAAUAAUAAAAAAAAAAACUUCAUGACCCAAAUGUAUGAAACAUUUUUCAUCUUCUCUUUCUUUUCUCGGAAAAAAUCGAUAUGAACUCCUUUUUUUCUAUCUGCUAGUGAGAAGUCGUCGGUGACAAGUUCAAUUAUUUUGAAGUUUGGACCAGGAGUAAAACCUGAUCCUACAAAGCCAUUUCAAAAUCAUUUGAGGAGGAACCUUGGAAGACUUCCAGGUCCGGUUAAUCUGAAAACUCUUAUCCAAUCCGUCAGAAUAGUUCACCCAGGUAAGUUUUUACAUAAGUAUGUGAAAGUGAACGAAAAUAUACCAUGGUUUUAAGGUAGACGCUAAAUAGACCUCUACAACCUAUUUCAACCUUUUCCAAUGUUAUAUUAUGUAUUUUUUCAUUUAUCUCAGGAGUUCCACCAGCUGUGUUGGGAACUUGUACACCCGCCUGCUAUACCACUUGCCUCGUCUCUUGUAAUCCAUUUUGUUGCAAUUCCAAAAUGGCUGCUGGAAGCAAUAUACAGUACUCUGCCAUGCGACACGCUGUAAUAACCCAAGCAAAUCGCAGGCGAUUUAUUAUGCCUGGCUUUUCGAGGUAUCCAAUGGCUCCCCUCCAGACCAUGGUACCGCAGGCCCGUGCGAUGACAGUUCCAGUGACCCUGGCAAUAAGAUGUGUUCCAACCGUUCAGGCACCUUGCCCACCAGGCACUCAAGUUUCACAAACUGUUCAGGGCUCUUAUAAAAUGCCUCAACCUCGAACUAUUCAAGGAAUCUUGAGCCCAAAGCAACGUCCGAUCAUGUCGAUCCCACGCUUGACAUUGCCAGGGCUUCCUUAUUCAACCAAUCAGCAGGCAUUUCUCCCAAGGGCCGCUAAUCCAGUGCAGAUACCUUGUAUACCAAGUCUUUAUAACCUAUGUCCACCAUUAAUACGUCCCCCUACAAAGCCUCUGAAAGUGACAGAUCCUCCACAGCACAUAAUACAUCUUCCACCGCCUCAGAUGCAGCCACCGUGCACCCCUGUCGCGUUCAAUCCUUGUCCACCACAAACAGGUCUUCCUUCAAGUCCUUUAAAAGUAACAGAUCCUCCUCAACACAUAAUACAUCUUCCUCCGCCACAGUUACAGCCACCCUGUAUUCCGAGUGCGUUCAAUCCCUGUCCACCACAAAUAAGUCCUCCUUUGAGACCUAUGAAAGUAACUGAUCCUCCGCAGCAUGUGGUUCAUUUACCUCCACCACAGAUACAACCUCCUUGUAUUCCUAGUGCGUACAACCCAUGUCCCCAGCCAAUUAUACCCCCUGUGAAUCCUGCACUUGCACAAUCCCCACCACAACAAAUGAAUCGUCUGCUACCACCACAGAUGCAACCUCCCUGCAUUCCAUCUUUAUACAAUCGUUGUCCACCUCAGACGAAUAUUCCACCUUCCAAAUUAAAAGUUAUAGAUCCUCCGCAACAUGUGAUACAUUUGCCACCACCACAGAUGCAACCCCCUUGUAUUCCUAGUGCGUACAAUCCAUGUCCUCAGCCCAUUAGGCCCCCUAUAAAACCUCCACUGGUCACGUACCCACCACAACAAUUUAUGCGGCUGGUACGACCACAGGCGCAGACUCCUUGUAUUCCUAGUGCGUACAAUCCAUGUCCCCAACCAAUUAUGCCCCCUUUUAUGCCUGCACAGGCCAAAUACCCAUCACCACUAUUAUGGCCUGUGCUUUGCAUUCCUCUUCCUAACCGCCCUUGUCCUCCAAGAAAGCUUUCGAAACCAUCACACAAGAAGGGCAAGUCUCGAGCUUUCAUGCCCAAACCCGUUGUGAGUUCCUAUGUGGUCCCGUAUAGCAACUUACCAUACUGGCAAUCUCGGGUGGCAUCCUAUACUCCAUUUGUCGCACCGCCAUUUCCAGUCUACCCAAUACGGCGAUUUCCAACCUAUGCAACCCAAAAUUACGGCCAACAACCACCAUUUCAGCGGUAUCGCUCCCCUGCCUUGUCUCAGAUGUCGCCAAUACAGCCCUUUGGAUUGCCUUUCCCCUAUUUCAGCCGAGUUACCAAACCUUCUCUCGGUGACAAACCUAAAAAGACUUUGCCUGAGCCUCCAAAGCCCUCUCAGGCUCCUCAACCGCCUAAGCCUAUUCCAGUCAAAGGACCAAUUUCUUUACAAGGUUCUUUAACUCUUUAUCCUAAGCCAGCACCAAUAGCUCCUCCUUUUCCUUUCCCUCCGUAUCCCCCAGGACAAAAUCCCUUCUCAAUGAUCAACCCCUGCAUCCCUUCUCUAGCGAAUCCCUGUAAUCAAAAUACAGGAAAUGUACCUUCAAUGCCUCCUACGAAUUCGUACGACAGAAAAUCUAGGCCUAUACUUUUAACACGACCUCUGCAGGUUCAAGGAAGCAUUUAUCUCAAACCACCUCCACCACGCCCAUUCCCUAUACCGCCGAGUUAUACAUCAAGUGUUAUGAAUCCUUUGUCCAGGCUCGUUUCACCCAAACCACCAAAUGCACCUCAGAUAGCUGCGUCCCCCCAUUCAAUAAUUGUUCAGCUUCCCGAAAUUUCUCUUCAGACUGCUCCAGCAUCUUUACUUCCAAAGCCUAUCGUUCCACCUCCACCACCUUCACCAGUCUUUCCAAGUAGCUGUCCAAUAUCCUGUACUCACUAUCCAGGAGUAUUUUGCCCUACAUAUUGCGCGAAAUAUUGUUGUAAAAAGAGAGGUAGGAAACAGAAGAGUCCCUCGAAGACGAAAAGUAAGAAGCCUGAUAAAAAUAAGAAGCAAAAAGAGGCCAAGGCAAAAAGGAAAGAGAAAAAAAUUUUGAAAGUGAAAAAAACUAAGAAGGGAUAAGUCUAAAUUUCAUAUGAUUUUGUUAGCCAAGCUAAUUCAAAUAGUUUUGUUCGCUUUUCACCGGAGCAGCUGUACUCUUUUGUGCGUUGAGCGAUUAUAAUUCUCUGAUAAUUGUAGUCCUUAACGGAUAUAAGACAGUUUGGUUCCGUCCUCUUACACUCAAAUACAAUGUCAUAGGGCAAUUUGUAAAGGUAAAAACAUAAUUUCUAAUGCAAUGUGGUUUUGAUAAACACAAGUGAGUUUUGCACUAGCAAUACGGGCUCGUACUUAUUUACACCAAAUUGCUCGAAAAAUCAUGUUAUUGCUUAUUAGUAAUUUGCCAAAAGGUCUGGAGAGCAGCAGAUAUGUAACGAAUUUAAGAAAGUGAACGACACUGUCGAAACAUGUUUUUAAAAAAGUGUCGUUUAUUUCCUUAAAUUCGUUAUUCGUAAUUUAGAAGAAAAAAGCAUCCCAGAAAGUCAAGAUAGACAAAAUUUGACGGCGCGCGCUCGCUAUUUGAAGUUUAUACUCGUGCUACAACUUUGCUACAUAAGAAAUUAACUCGUUUUCAGCCAGUCAGAAGCGCGUAGUUUUUUCAUGUAUAUCAUUACAUUAAUUUAUGUAUAUUUCACAGACCUCACAAGAAACACUUACAGCUCGAAUCGAAAACAAUUUCUUGUAAUUUUAAUUUUAGUUUCGUAGAAAAGGUUGUGGUUAUUCAUCGUGAUGAAUAACAAUAAAAGCUAAGCAUGGCUCUCCUGUUGUUGUGUUUUUUGAUCGUGGGCAUCCGCGCUUCUGGAAUUUCUACUCCACUAUCCCGGUUGAUGUUGUUAGGGUGAAGUCUUAUAUGAAUUGCCUCUUUAACUCUGCGCGUGUAGUAAUAAGGGUCAUGAUCAAUAAACUUUACUUCGUUCCAGAGUGGCUUGUGUGCGGUGUUGUGGGCAUGCUCUGAAACAGCGGAGGUCUCAGUACGGGCAAGUCGAAUGUCUCGAUCGUGCCCCUUAAUUCUGUAUUGCAUAGGUCUUCCAGUUCCUCCGAUGUACACCCUGCCGCAUUCACAGGGAAUCCUAUAAACUACGCCAUCCUGUUUAGCCGGGUCGACAGCGUCUUUUUGUCGUACUAACUGAGAUCUUAGCGUAGUCUCCGACUUGAAAACAGCGCUUACGCCUUGUUGUUGUAGGCAACGGCGAAGUUGUUCGGACAGAUGUUUGACAUAAGAUAAAACCGCAGUAGCUUUGAACUCGUUGGCGGGUUCGGCACUGUUGUUUGGUUUUCCGACAGCGACAACGGACCACCGAGGGAGCAAGUCACUGAGUGAACAGCAAGGAUCGAAGUGCACCAAUCAGUGCUGUUGAAAAAACAACUAAUCACAGCAGAGCAUCACGCUUUCUAAGAUCACGCAUGACCAGUCGACCUCAUCGCCUGAAGAAGGCUAGCAGUAUGCAGUCGAAACGUCGCGAUCUACAUCACACGUGACUACAUCGUGAGACAAACGGAAAAACUUAGCUUUUAUUAAUUUUAGUUUUAUGUAAAAAGAAUACUUAUCUUAAAUUAAAAAUCGCUCAAAUCCUUAUUGAUUACAGUAUAUCCGAUAAUUUUUUCAGCAAUCAUCGAUCAUCGAGUGCAUAUUAUUUCGUUGUACAGAGGCAGUGGAAAUUUGUGUUUAUUUUGCUCAUAAAUUCUUUAGCAUCUGCACAUUAUCGCACUACACAUCACAACAAAUUCCUUUAAAGAGUCCUUCUCAGCAAUUUACAGGAAGCUUAUAAGAAGUUAACUGGAAAUGGGGUAGCCUACCAUCCGAGUUCUCUGUAGCUCGAUUGUAGAGCAUGAAAGCGCAAAACUGAAGAUCUGGAGUUCGCCAGCUGGUGGGGGACACGGAGUUCUCUUCAUUCCCUCGGUAGUAACAAAACAACUCAUAUCUUUUUUUCUUUUAGGGAUGUUUUCAGAUAACUUUCUGGUGUUUGUUUCUUUAACAAAUGGUUAUGUUGUUUGCUGAGAAAUCAUAUGCAAGCAAUGUAUAACUGUAAGUUCAAAGGCGCUUCAAUCUUUAAGGUGUUAUUGGAAUAAAAUCAUGCAAUCCAGAGAUUUAUUGCUCAUAUUGUUUUCGCUUUUAAUUCAUCCAUCAAUCGAACAAAAUCCAACGCAAUGCUAGAUAAGAAACCGAAAGGUCCUUGGUAACCAAUCAAUAUUACAAUGACAGACCAAGACUUUCCUGCGCGAAAGUUGCCAAUUCAUUUAAAUUGUACUUUAAGACCCUGAUCUGACAUUCCCUAGAGGAUCUAAAAAAGUGCAUUUGUGCCAUGGAUUGAUGCUAUUACUCAUGAUUUUCCGCUUUCGCCAAAUAUUAACACAGGCAUUCGGAGAAUUUGCGCGUACUAUAUGUGCAUAUGGUUGUUUUCCUGGUCUGGUAAUUUGUUUGAUUACGUCUGUUAGGCUAGGAAAUUAAAUCACAAAUGUGAAAGGAGAUCAGACAGUAAAAUAAAAAAGUUUAAUGAUGACUAGUCAAGCGGUCUGUAUUUUUAAUUUAUACAAAUGACCUCAUAAAGUGUACGUAAUUUUUGCUCAGCACUGUAAGUUUUUUUUUGAAGGAGAGAUAGUGAGACGCUUACAACUAACCUUGUUUUUUCAAAGUAACAGGAAAUCUGGGAAGUUCCUAGGAAUAAAUCUACAAAGCAACUCGUUCAAUUCAGUUGGGGCAGUUUUAGUUUCUGGUUAAGGAGUUAUGAAAUAACAUUCAAACAACCUGUUAGACUUCUUUCAUCCACUGUUGAGAUAACGAAAACAAUCGCUAGUUUUCAUUUAAAGCUUGAGCAAGCCAACUCAUGAAAUCGUGACUUCUUUAUUCUGAUAUAAAAACAAUCACCAGCCUUUUUUUAAGACCCAUGAACGCCGACUAAAGAAAUAAAUCUCUGUACGUUUUAAGAGACAUCUUUAAGAAAAACGCCAUCAAUUUUAAUGACAUGAAAAACGAAAGUUUGCUCCGAUUUCCGUCUAGCACCUCUGUGAUUGUAAAUAAGCUUGUGACGUAACUGCUGUGAUAUUUAACUGUAAAAAUAUAUUUUUAAUUUCUAUUUUGCACUUUUUGCACCAAUUUCAUGUAGGUCUUUAAAGAGAAAUAGACUACAGCUGGAGCGAUUUAAUUCUGCAUCGCCAUUUCCCUCAAACGUUCUUCUGUCGAUGCUCUUAACUGCAACCUACUACCUUUAGUUGUCUUAUCCUUUUUCAGUGUAACCUGCUCCAUAAGCUGCAAUGUUUAAAUAAAAUGACAUAAAAACAACGAAAUCUCGCCAUUUUUGUUGGUCAGUCAACUCAAAACACAAUGUGACUUAUGACUGAAAAUAUUCAAAAGUUAGGGGAUUGAGUCACCGUAACUAGACAUCGGAAGUAGUUGUAAGUGAGCCAUGUCUGGAGGGUUCUAGCAAAGACCAGAGGACUUCUUUUAUUUGGCUCCGGAAACUACUUUAUAUCUGACAUCCAGGUAGGGAAUUUAGAACGUUAAAUGAUAUUAAUGGUGAAAACUGUAUUUGUAUUUUAGUAAGAUGAACGUCUGGUAUUUGUACCAUAAAUUGGGUUUGUCAGAGCAUCCUUAUGAAAUUUGUUUUUGGAGAAUCCUAUCAUAUCGGAAAAGGCGUAAAAAUAACACAUUACCUAGCACAGUCCAUAAACUGCUACAAUUCUUUCCUAUAUUUUUGAGCCCUGAUUCGCUUGCAUUGUUGCUAAAAACUUUUACAACGAAGCCAUUAGUUGUUAGAUUGAUGUCAAUUUUGCCGUCUCUCCUUUCAUUGUCAAAUUUUAUAACGCUAUAUCCUAAGUCUUGAGUACCAUCAUCACUGAAACACCCAUUCCUACGAACAACGAAAAUUGGCAACCUUCUGUCUAUUAAAACCAAAUGUUGUCCGUUCGCGAGCUGCAUGUUUAUCUUUUCAUGGUUGCUCAUGAGCAAUGGAGUAGAGAAAUUGGGAGCCACAGCAAAUCGAUUUGACCUGUAGCCUAUUAUCACGGAGAUUAUUGUCCACGGUAUGUUUCUUUUAAAUGCAAGACCAGAUACUUUCACGAAAUUGCAAACAAACAAAACUUCAACGUAAACCCCUCAAAGGGGAAACUUCAUUUUACAAUAAGACAAGAAAGUAAAAUUAACUUUAAAGUUGAGCUCCAAUCCUAGUUGUAAGGGAUUCAUUAAUCAAUUUUUGUGUUCACAGCUGUAUAACAUUUCGGUCAAUAUUGUUAUGAAUUUAGCAUUCCGUCGUGAUAUGGUAACUUACCUGCAUGAGAUAAUAUAUCUUCAUGUUCAAAGUGUUACCCUUAGUUAAUGCAGUUCUUGUCAAUUCUUACAUGGUAACUAGUCGUUUUUUAAAUUUUUCUGCAAAUUGCCUCAGCGCUUCUCAUUCUUAGGAAUUAAUUUCUUCAGAAACACUGCAGGGAUUUUAUAUUUUAUUAAGUUGUUAAGGAAAAAUACCUCAUGCUAUACCCACCUGCCGUGUUUAUAAAUCCUGUAUUUAUAACUUAAAUGAUCCGUGCAAUAUGUAAUACCUAGUGACCUGUCAGUUUUAUCUCAGGGACAGCGCACUUUGAUCAGCAAGACACACUAAAGAUUGAGGUGAGACAAUUUAUUAACCGUUUACAUUCCAUUUGAUUUUUUUUUUUAUUGAUUUCUUCUUCGCCUUGCCUUUACUCGUCAAACCUUUUACGAGUAUACUAUCUAAAAGCAUAAAAUUCACAGGCCUAUUGGGUCGUCCAGGCCAAUGUCAGCAAUACGGAUGACGGAUUGCCUGUGUGAAGAUUAUUUGUCGUAGAGGUAUAUCUACGGCAAAUCAUCUAACACAUAGUAGGAAGACUUCUACAAAAUUAUUUGUUCUCUGCGAGUAGUAAAUUAUUAGCUGUACUUAUCCCCACCAUUAGAAAGAAACAUAAUAUGUCCGAUGGCGAACCCACUCCUCUCUAGGCAACAUUCUAGACUUAAACUUAAUCCAUUGAUUGUGAUAUACAUAAUCGUAUAUCACAUUGUCAACCAUUAGCUCAUUUGACAAGAUUUCCCAAAGCAUUUAAAUAUGAAACUUGUAUAACACAUUUAUUAAAACUCGGUAAAAGUCCAUCAUACAAGAUACAAUAGUGUAUCAAAGCAAUGAUGCAACGAUGCAGAUGAUCAGAUUUUUACUCUCAUACAGGUUUGGAAAACCUAGUGCACUGAUAUGAGGGGACUCUUAGGAAUUUUUCUUCUAACAUUUGGUCUCCUUGUAAGAGCUAGAGGUGAGGACACGAAAAUACUAUAUCCACCUUAAAUUAAAAAACUUUCCUGAAAUUUAAAGUCACAAUAGAUUUUACCUUUUCCUAACGUAUUCAAACUCGUUAUGAGCGACUUCCCUAUCUAUUCUUUGCAUUGUUCUACCCGAGUAAAAAUCAAUCGAUGUAAAGCUGUUGUUUUUCUACGGCACAACUGGUGGUCUCUCACAACUGAAUAAUUAAAAAAAAACCAUUUUCCCAAUAAUACUGUCUGCCUGACUGCCUUAAGCUUCCUUGGCUAAUUCAUCCACACAAUGAAGUAAUAUUAUAAACGUUAACUAUUCUCUGAGUUAGAAUUAUCUUCCUUUUGAGAAUUCAGGUUUUGGAACUAUUACUGUAGACUUCAAUGUUAAUAAAAGAAAAUAGACAGGUUGCGCGACCAGUUUCUAAAUUAAGUUUCUAAAUUCGCAAAAACAGAGCAAGUAGAUACGCUAGUUCUAUUUUCCCGCCAUUGGUGAUGCUAGCUCUUUUGUGUUUUACUCUGCAGAACACGACAGUUUAUCUCCUACACCAGGCCUUAACGACGGUUAGUAAAACUGACAACUUUCCCGUGUGGCUGUAGAAUACAUAUGCCCUCAGUAUGCUUAUUCGAGAGUCUGGAAACUCGUCUCAACCAAUAAAAGCCAUUAACUUAAGUGUUUGGAAUGGACUGCAUUCCCUAUCAUCAGCAACCAAAUAUCCAAAAAUCCCCAUUGCAAUGGAUGCCAAUCACUGUUUAAAAAGCGAGAAAAAAGUAAAUUCUAUAAAAAUUGAAGAAAUACUUCCCAGCUCAGAGGAGUUUGUGUUAUAUUACAGCAUUUACCGACAGCAGUGACGAAACUGCUGCACCGUCUUCGUUCUCUGAUUCUGCUAGCCGUCACCAUCAUAACGCCAAUAACGAUUGGCUAUCCGAAGAUGAUGACGAUGAUGACGAUGACGUCAUGGACGAGAGUCAGCUGAAUGUGCAGCCAGCUGCCUCAGCCAAGACCGCGGCAAAAGCUGCCGCUAAACCCCUCUCUACUGGUAGGUUGAAACAAUGACGGAAGUCAACAAAAUAAAUUGAAUGAAACGUUUAAGUUUGAUUCUUAAUAGACCUACAAUAUGAUAAAGAAAGAGAAAAGUUGGUUCCCAAACUGACCAGACUCAGACUUACAAGUUAAACGAAAAAUAUGAGUUCGAUGAAAAACUAAGUAUGUCUCUACUUGCUUGUUUAAUCAGUUUGCCAUGAACGCCGGCGGAACGAAUGAGGUCUUUUAAUGACUGAUUUACUUACUUUCACACUGACUUGUUUUUAUCUAAUCAUAUUUCACACAGUGCAACUGGAAAGCAAGAUAUUGUACGAGUUGAGCGGUUAUCGAAGGUUAUUCGGUGGAGGCCCUCUUUUUAGGUCGGCAACCCUUGACAUUGGAGCUAAAGCCGCUAACGACAAAAUGCAGAAAGGAGGUGUGAUCAAGAAAGAUGCCAGCAUCAAACACGGACAACUGCAGUGCAUAAAAUUGGUAACUUCAGACAAAGUGUCCGCUGAGUGCAACUCCUUUUGGUUAAAACAAAUGCAGGAUUACGAUUGGUCAAAACCAGCACUGAAAGAUAAGAACAGGUUUUUCGUCACAGCCGUUUGGAUGGCUGCAACUCAUGCUGGAAUAGCAGUCAAAAAGGGUCCUUCUGGAAGAUACUUUGUGACCAUCUUGGUCGAUCCCGCUCCUGAUGUAAAUAAUCCCAAGGCUCUUCCCGAUGCUAAAAAGUUGAAAGCCAAUGUAAAACCAUAUACCGGUAAGGGAACUAAGAUCAACAUGGCCUCCUCGAUUUAAUUGAUUAACAAGAUAAUUUAUCAACUCUUAUAACAUGUAGCUACAUGUCUGUAAACGAGCAGAUGAUGUUCCAAAGAAGAAAAAGGUCCCGGGUCAUUAUAAUAUUUUUGGAAAGCCUGUCAGGACACGCAAUUAUCUCCAUUUGACGCCACUAUCGCUUUUUAGUUUGGUCAAAACUUGUAGUUUAAAGUUGUGCAGCAUAACGAGGAAGACGAAGAGACAAAAAAAUUCGAAAUAAAUUAAGAUCAAACAGCUCGUUUAGGAGAGAAACGCCUAAUUAUUUCUUUUCAAUGGGCUUUUAACAACAGGCAACCUUGUUGCAUAACUGGGCACGCACGCACUAUUUUAUGCUGCCCUUUCUUGCCAUCUGCGCAUCUUCCUAUAAACGCCAUUAUGCCAAGUACUGAAGAAUGAAUUUAAUUUUGUUUCUCUCUAUUUCAGACAUGUUUACUGCAGCUACUGGAGGUAAAACUUGUGUUGUUCCUGUUUUUCUUUUUUUUUUGAGACGUGUAAAUUGAAUCAGCAAAUGCAACGUUAUUUGGGAAAAAUCUAAUACUUGUAAGAAAGUAAAUAGCUUAUGGCUGGUUGCUACGACCUAUCUCACCUGUGAUACGGUUUUAGUGGCUAAAGAAGGGUCUGUGCGAUCAAUAAGUAUUAAUAGCGCUAAUACUGACAAUCACACCGAUCUCAUUUUAUGCAUUUAUUUGAAUAAAGCCAAAUGCCCCACUGGAUUUACCGAAUAUCAAGGCUCCUGUUACAAGCUGCACAAAGACAAACAGACAUGGAUGAAUGCUUUAGGGGAGUGUCUGAAAGAAAGCGCAACUCUCCCUCCGAUCGAGUCAUCAUUAGAAAACGAUUUUUUCAAGCAGGGGCUCUUGAAGGGCCAAAAAGAUUUCACCUGGCUGGGCUUUAACGACCGUCUGGCAGAAAGUAUGUACAUGUCGGUUGAGGGCUCACAGAUUCGCUUCAUGGACUGGGUGAAUGGACAGCCUACAGGCAAAAAUGAAAACUGCGUUGGCUUCAAUAACAAGGCCAAGUACGGCACUAUGGCAGACUUUCCAUGUACCACUGCCAGCACGUAUGUGUGCAAAAAACCUUUAGAAGGUAAGCGAUAACGGAUUUUGUUGUUUUGUACCACACGCAGAAAUUGUUUGACGAGCAUACAUUGUUAACAAGCGGAACAAAGUUAUGUGACUUUCUCGAAGAAUCUGAAGCUUAUGUCAUGGACCUAAAUUACAUUUUACACUAAAGUGUGUAUCAGUAUUACAUACGAAAAUAUUAUUCUCGUGACAAUUUACGGUUGUUUUGCGUGUAAAAUGUUUUAGCAUAAUGUUGAUUAUCCCGUGUAGGUUACAUUACCUAUCUCCUGAAACUCGAAGUGGAAUCCAUGGUGUGGUUGGAUGACUUGGGAAAUCCUGGAUCUCUCGCUUAUCAGCAACUAUCUACAAAGUUCCAAAAGGCGGUAUGAAUUAAGCAUUCACCAAUUUUACAUUACUAGUGUAUUACCCAUUAACUACGUAUAGUUAGAAAGACCUGGUUCUAAAUAGAGGAUAAAAAAAUUUAACAGAGCUGUUGGCAUUUCAGUUGUAUGACACCGAUUUUAUAUUUGAUUUUCAGCUCAAAGAAAUUUACACAAAGGCUGGAGUUAAAAAUCUCAUGAGUUCCGUAAUCACUUCUGUCAGGUAAGUCCAUGGGAAGAGAACAAGAAAACUAUUGUCCUUAUUUCAACAUUUCUAAAGCUCAGUCUCACUAUACGAACCUCGUUAUCAGAUAUUCAGUGCAAGAACCACGGUUAAGACGUUUCUAAAUUUUUGUGUUCCUAAUCUUUUGUCCUAUUUAGCAACGGUCUCCCACCUCCACCACCAGUACCAGUAUACAACUACUUUGGCAAACGUCAGGUUACUGCAAUCAGAGUGACUCCAGCACCUACAACUCCUCCAAAACCAAAGCCCUCUGGUGGUGUAGCCACGCCUGCAAAGCCCACUCCUCCUAAGGUUCCAACCACUAAGUAAGAGUUAGCUUCCACAAGUAUUAACGAAUAAGUUAAAGAAAUGUAGCGUAUUAGGAUUAUUGGUUAAAAAUUAUCCUCGUGGUUUAACCAUUUUAAUUUAAAGUCAAUUUUUUUGGCCUUAAAACAUGAAUGAGACAAUAAACUUUUUGAUUAAAUGAACUAUCAUCGAGGGCGGGUAGUACUACAUUCGGUACAUCACUGACCUUUGUGCUAUAACACAGCUGAGGUUAUGCAAAUGUUUUUUUUGAAAAAGUAUGUUUGUGUACCCCAAGAUAACAGAAACCUAUGUUCAACUUUGAAGAGAUGCUGGGGUAAUGUUAAACUUUUUAACUAAGAGAAAUGCCAUAUUUGCCGAAAAAUAAGCUUGAACUCUGUUUUUAGGCCAAAGAAGAAAGUUAUUGUGAAACUAUCCCUGACAUUUGGACCAAGCAACAUUCUACCAGACCCAACAUCACCUCUUCAGGAAUAUCUUCGAGCUAAUGGAAACAAACUACCAGCACCACUGAGCGAAAAGCUGAAACUUCUCACCAUCAGCAUAGCUCCUCCAGGUAUGUUACUUAACUGUAACUCUCUUUGUUAUCCUGGAAGAAAAGCUGGCCUAAUGUAUUUGAUGGAAGAGCAUUUCGAAUUUAUCUCGAGUUUAGAGAAAGGUAAAUAGCAUUUGGAGAGCUUAAAAUGAAGUUGAUGCUUUACUAAACACGUUCUUUUUUUCUUAUAUAUUGAUGCAGGUUCAGCAUCUUGCCCUCCAAUCUGUGCAACUCAGUGUGUUUCAAGCUGCGCUCCAAGCUGCUGCACCUCCACAGUGCCUGCCCCUGCCCCUGCUCCAUACAUGGCACCCCCAUGUGUACCAACUCCAUAUAAUCCCUGCCCACCUAAGCCAGCUCCAACGCAACCACCACCAACACAGCCAAAGGUCCAAGCCAAACGACCUGCUGCAAAAUGCACUCCUACGCUAACCUCGCCCUGUCCACAACCGAUGCCUUUUCCUGCUCCAGCUUUCCCACAAUAUCCUCCACCUCCACCUCCACCCUGUGUUCCAACAAUAAUGAACAACUUUUGCCGCAACAUGGUCGCAAGGCCACUGGCAGUAAACACAGGACGCUUCUUUCCUAAAAAGCCUUUGAUGAGUGCUCCUCGCAUUGCUUACAGAUUUCCACUUCAACCGGCAUACAGGCGUAUAAUGCCUAGGUUGGUAUCUUCAAGGCCGGUGUCUCGUGCUGUGUUGCCUGUUCCACAGGCAGGGGCAUUUAGGCAGUGUAUACCCUCUGCUCUAUCACCAUGUCCUCCUAUUAUGAUGCCUCCUCCUCCUCCUCCACCUCAGCCUAUGAUGAUACCUCAAUAUCCCAUGCCUCAGGUAAGGAGCUAGUUUGCUCAGUUUAGUUUCAUGCCAAAAUGACCUUAGAACAAAGGGGGAGUAUUUUUCUGGAAGGGAUAAAAAUGAAGGGCAUUCACGACGAGGGAUAAAUGGAGAAAACUUACAAAGAAACAUAUCAGGUUUAUCAUGAGGUGUGGAUGAGGAGAGGUGGAGAAUGAUUGGGAGGACUAAUACUUCAGUAGCACUUUGAGUUGGGGUGUUUUCAUAAAAGACGAAGCGAACUGAAAUACAAACUAUCAUAUAAAGCAAGCUUUCAUCUCCAACAUUUGGAUUUACUAAUUUGCUCUAUUUAUUUUAAACAGAUGGCCCCACCCUGCAUUCCAAAUAUUUCCCCGAACUGUCCACCAAAACCACCACCGAAGAAGCCAGCGGCCAAGGCAGCAAAACCACCUAAACCUUUGAACCUUAUGGGUUUGACUUAUCCACAAAGCAGCAUGAUAAUGCUUCCUCCACCACCGCCUCCUCCGAUGCCGCCACCAAUGCCUAUGCCUUGCAUUCCGUCUCCUUUCAACCCCUGCCCACCCCCCUCCCCACCAAAAGCGGGAAAAACUAAGUCGAAAAGCACAGCUCCCAAACCGUGCGCUCCAGUGCCAACUCCUGGAUGCACACCACCAAUGCCUAUGCCCAUGCCAAUGCCAAUGCCUAUGCCUAUGCCUAUGCCCGUGCCAAUGCCAGCGCCACCAAUGCCCAUGCCAAUGCCUUGUGGACUUCCUCCGGCCAAACCCUGUAAACCAGUGACUCCACCGCCGCCCAAGCCAAUGUUAAUCAAACUUCCUGCCAUACAGAUCCAAGUGCCUCAGCAACAACCACCACCUAUGGUGCCACCUAUGAUGCCACCUAUGCCUCCCUGUCCCCCAAUGUGUGGAGCCGCGCCUCCCACUGUAUGCCCACCUGCCUGUCCCAAACCAUGCUGCAAAACAAGACUGGGACGGUCUGUAGAGUCUUCCAAAAAGGAGUAAAGUACUCCACUUAUGGACGCUUUUUAAAGACUGAAGAACACUGUGACUAGCAGUGUAAGUCAGCCACAAGAAAACUCUAAAUAAUGUCUGAACAGAUAGGCUAGUAUGCAGCGUUUUGAAUUUUCUUGGCCGGCAUGACUGCAUUUUGUCGCUCGGUUAGCGUGUUUUAUACGCAAAUCAAUCAACGACUGCAAUCUGUUGCACGUUUUUAAGCUUUUAGACUUUAAAGCCAAGAUAAAAAAAAAACUCGUUUAGCAAACCACAGCUGAGUAAUAAAAGAGCUGAUAAAAAUUCUGUAUUAGUUACUUCAUAAAUCCGACGUUCUCGAGUACUUGGGUUUAUCUUACCUUUCUCUUCUGGUGGCAGGAGUUUGACAGGAGCUUCUCAUCAUUUCUUCCUCGGAGAAAGAAAACCAUCGUUUAGGUUAUAAUAUGUCGUAGUGUUAGAUUGACAAGUACAUAUGUAUAUUUUAUUUUGGCUCGCAUUAUAUUGUAAAGUAAUGUUUGGUUCUUAAGUGAUUGUAUUGAGAUUUUAUUUACAAGGGUUCUAUCUCAUAGGACAAUGUGAUCGUUUUCCAUGAUCACGCGCAGAGAAGAUAUUCAAUAAAGCUGAGGAGUCUCUAAAAUAU